GCGCGCGCCGCUCACGCCGUCGCGUCGAGUUCCGCCGUCGCCCGUUCAUGUCCGCGUCGCGCGUCCUCUGUCCCGCGCGCGCGUCCCCGCUCGCGCGUCGCGGCGUCCGCGUCGACCGCGCGUCGCGCGCUUUAAAGCCUUCUCUCGCGUCGUCGUCCUCCGCGCGCCGCGCCGCGAUCAUCAUGACCGCGAGCGAUCACACCGCGGUCCUCUUCGACUUCGACGGCACGCUCGGGGACACGGAGACGCCCGCGAUGGAGGUUGCGUUCUGGGAGCUCGCGCCGUACUUCCCCGAAGCCGCGAAGCCCGACGGCGCGAGUUAUCUCACGGACAAGACGUGCGCGGACUACAUCCGCGACAACGCGGGGAAGGCGUUCGAGUUCAUGGUGGACGUCGUCGAGGAGGAUCGCAAAGCCGCGGGGUUGUCGUCCAUCGAGGAGGCGCGCGCGUCCGCGGGAGAGGCGCCGGCGACGCUCGCCGUCGUGGACGCCGGCCGCGCGAAGUUUGGCCUCCCGCCGCUCGCGGAGACGCGCGGUCUCGGAAAGGACAUCCUGACGCUUCAGAAGGACGAGACCGUGGACGCGCUGUCCGUGGCUGCGCAUCCGUGCGACAACGUCCCGGGAGUGCUCGCGUCGCUGAAGGCGAAGGGGAUUCCGUUUUGCAUCUCCACCACGAGCGGGAAACCGCGCGUGCCCGUGAGCGUCGUGUCAUGCGGGUACACCGAGUAUUUCCCCCCGGAGAAGAUUCACAGCGGCGAGAGCGACUUCGAUCCGCCGCGGUUUAAGCCAGACCCGAGCGUGUACUUGCUCGCGGCGAAGAGCGAGGACGCGGACCCGAAGAACUGCGUCGCCGUGGAGGACAGCACGUCCGGCGUUGGCAGCGCGGCGAACGCGAACGUCGGCCUCAUCGUCGGGUACGUCGGCGGGACGCACAUCACCGAAGACCGCAAGACGUCGCACGCGGGCACGCUGACUGCGGGCGGCAGGAGCGACGACGGCCGCGGCGCGGACAUCGUGAUCCGGGACAUGGUCGACCUGGUGCCGCUCGUGGAGACGUUCGCGGCGAGCGCGGAGAUGAAGGAUGCGGCGAAGAAGCCGGUCGUUUUCGAGAAGGCGACGCUGGACGCGUUGAAGGGCGAGUAUUGGCUUCCGGAGGGGAAAUAGAAUUUUGCCUUCGCGAGACGACGUCCGGACGACGACGAAGACGCCCGAGGUUUCUUCGAGCGAGGAGAACGAGAGCGGGGGUCUGUUCGUCUGUCCGCGCGAGAGAUGUGCGUGGCACGGUACGGUAUGGGUUAACGGGGGAGGGGGAGCGAGACGUGGCGGGAAGCCGCGGCGACCCUUGAUGUUGUGAGAGAGGCUGGUUGGUGUAAACGAACGAAAAGCGUAAACUU